GACAAGGAAUCAGAAUCCUACAUCUUCCUCACAUUCUUGAAGGCUACUUAGUGACAACUAAAGAUAUCGGGCAAAUGAGCAAACGUACUUUCGAGACCUUCCCAUGGUCCACGUUCGUCCCAGUUCCCGGAGGACCUAGACUCUAUGGUCAGUGAUGAAGAGAGGCCUCUUUUCGGUUGGCGCUUGCGUGAGGCGAGCAUGCGCUGUGAGGUCCAGCCAGAGCACGCUGAGGAGGCUCAGCUCCUGGUGCUGGCGGAUCGGCUCCGGUCUUUCUGACUAAAGAGGGCGGCGCGGGACCCCAGGGCGGGAUUCACACACCGUCAGAAUGCCGGGUCUAAGUUGUAGAUUUUAUCAGCACAAGUUUCCUGAGGUGGAAGAUGUAGUGAUGGUGAAUGUAAGGUCCAUUGCAGAAAUGGGGGCUUAUGUCAGCUUGCUGGAAUACAACAACAUUGAAGGCAUGAUUCUUCUUAGUGAGUUGUCCAGGCGGCGUAUCCGUUCUAUAAACAAACUAAUCCGAAUUGGCAGGAAUGAAUGUGUGGUUGUCAUUAGAGUGGACAAAGAAAAAGGGUAUAUUGAUUUGUCCAAAAGAAGAGUUUCUCCUGAGGAAGCAAUCAAAUGUGAAGAUAAAUUCACCAAAUCUAAAACUGUUUACAGCAUUCUUCGUCAUGUUGCAGAAGUAUUAGAAUAUACCAAGGAUGAGCAGUUGGAAAGCUUGUUCCAGAGGACUGCCUGGGUCUUUGAUGACAAGUACAAGAGACCUGGAUAUGGUGCUUAUGAUGCAUUUAAGCAUGCAGUCUCAGACCCAUCUAUUUUGGAUAGUUUAGAUUUAAAUGAAGAUGAACGAGAAGUACUUAUUAACAAUAUUAAUAGGCGUUUGACCCCACAGGCUGUCAAAAUUCGAGCAGAUAUUGAAGUCGCUUGUUAUGGCUAUGAAGGUAUUGAUGCUGUAAAAGAAGCCCUGAGAGCAGGUUUGAAUUGCUCUACAGAAACCAUGCCUAUCAAGAUUAACCUAAUAGCUCCUCCUCGGUAUGUGAUGACUACAACAACCUUGGAGAGAACAGAAGGUCUCUCUGUUCUCAAUCAAGCUAUGGCUGUUAUUAAAGAAAAGAUUGAAGAAAAAAGGGGUGUCUUCAAUGUGCAAAUGGAGCCCAAAGUUGUCACAGAUACAGAUGAAACUGAACUUGCAAGGCAGCUGGAAAGGCUUGAGAGAGAAAACGCAGAAGUAGAUGGAGAUGACGACGCAGAGGAAAUGGAAGCCAAAGCUGAGGAUUAACUUUGUGGGAAACAGAUUCCAUCUCAAGGAAUACAAAACAGCCCUUUACUGGUUGUAAACCCUAGACUUGAAAGUUUUCCAAUAUUGAAAACUUUAAGGCUGAAUAUUUUUUAUUUCCAAGUAUUUAAAUGUUUCAACAGACCAAUACAUGAAAUGCCUUCCUCCUAAAUGCCAGCUGUUUUCAUACAGCAGCUCCAACACAAUGAGCAUUUGUAAUGGGAUGGCCUGAUUUCAUUAGAGACAAAUCUUUAAGCUAGGAACAGUCAUAAGAUUGGGCUUGUGAUUUCCAUUUCUUGUGUCUCCAGUUUGGCACCCCUUUAUAGCUCAGUGCUACGUGAGAUUUUCAGGGGCACCCAAAACAAAUACUUACAACCUUUCUCUACAAAUUGUAUCAAGCAAAUAUUAAAUAAAUUUCUGGGACAUUUAA